GUAACGCUAGUUUCCGGCGGGCUCCUUAGAGUGGUGAACAGCUUUGGGCCAAAGGACCAUGAAAGGGCCAGAGUCGGGUCCCGAACCCACGAUGGAGGGGGACGUGCUGGACACACUAGAGUCGUUGGGGUAUAAGGGACCACUGUUAGAAGAGCAAGCCCUUAUCAAGGCAGCCGAGGAUGGACUGUCUUCACCUGAAUUUUCAGAGCUCUGUGUUUGGUUAGGCUCUCAAAUAAAAUCACUCUGCAACUUGGAAGAAAGUAUCACUUCAGCUGGGGGAGAUGAUCUAGAAAGCUUCCAGCUGGAGAUAAGUGGCUUUUUAAAAGAAAUGGCAUGUCCGUAUUCUGUACUCAUAUCAGGAGAUGUGAAAGACCGUUUAAAAAAGAAGGAUGACUGCUUGAAACUUCUAUUAUUUUUAAGUACAGAGCUUCAAGCUUUACAGAUAUUACAGAACAAGAAGUGUAAAAAUUCUCAAGUAGAUAAAAAUAGUGAAAUUUAUCAAGAAGUUCAAGCUAUCUGUGAUACCCUUGGUAUUCCCAAGUCAACAACUUCUGACAUUCCACUUAUGUUAAACCAAGUGGAGUCAAAGGUGAAAGCUAUUCUCUCAAAAGUCCAGAAAAAUCAUGUGGGAAAACCACUGCUAAAGAUUGAUUUAACUCCAGAACAGGUGGAACAACUGGAAAGAAUCAAUGGUGCCCUUUCCUGUGAAUACGAGUGCCGGCGGAGGAUGUUGAUGAAACGAUUGGACGUGACAGUGCAGUCUUUUGGGUGGUCGGAUAGAGCAAAGGUGAAAACAGAUGACAUAGCAAGAAUUUAUCAGCCUAAGCGUUAUGCUUUGUCACCCAAGACAACGAUUACAUUGGCACAUUUACUCGCUGCUCGUGAAGAUCUAUCCAAAAUCAUUAGGACAAGUAGUGGCUCCAGCCGGGAGAAAACGGCGUGUGCCAUUAAUAAGGUGCUGAUGGGAAGGGUGCCUGACAGGGGAGGACGGCCGAAUGAAAUUGAACCACCCCCUGAGAUGCCACCUUGGCAGAAGAGACAAGAAGGCGGCGGAAGGGGUGGUUGGGGUGGUGGAGGUGGUGGGAGAGGAGGGGGUGGCGGUGGGAGAGGAGGCGGAGGUUGGGGAGGGGGUGGGGGUGGGGGCGGAGGGUGGGGAGGUGGUGGGGGAGGUGGUGGCAGAGGAGGAGGUUUCCAAGGUAGGGGAGAUUAUGGAGGAAGAGGGGGCUAUGGUGGAAGAGGGGGCUAUGGUGGAAGAGGUUAUGGAGAUCCAUAUGGAGGAGGUGGUGGUGGAUAUAGAAGAUACUAAUAACUACAAAAAUUAGCAGUCCUUCUUGAUAGAUACAUUAGGCAUAGUGUUCUAAAUAACAUACUUGAAUGUCAUCUUCGAAGUAAACACCAUGUUAGAUUCCUUGUCAUUCUUUAAUUGGGUUAAUAUGUAAGAGUAUUGUUUUAUACUACCAUUUCAUCUCCUGGACAGAAUGAUGAUUUUAUUUUUAUCAUUUUGUGUACCCUUGAGCAUGUUAUGUCUUUUUAAAAAAACAAAACAAAAACUGAGCUAAAACUAUUUUUAAAAAUGUAAAUAUUUAUUACCAUCAAACUUGGAAAAUGGAAAGUAUUUUAUUGUCAUGAUUGAAUUUAGAUUGUUACCUGUAUUUUAUUCAGGUUUGAGACACAUAAAUGAGCCCACUUGUUAUUAGACUGUUGCCUCAUCUGUAUUCCUGUGUUUUGUAUUUGUUCAUUUUACUUUACAAAAGAGGGGAAGGGACCGAUAGUUUUGUUCAAUAGGUAGUUGUUGUGACUUGUUUUUUUCUUCUAUUGGAAGUGAUUCCUCCGUAGCUCGGUCAGUGUUCCUAAUUUACAAUGCUAAAAUAUCAAUGUGGCAGGAUGCAUUUUUGAACUCCAGAUUUUCUAAAUACUUCCCAGAGGCUAUAUUAAAGUGAUAUAGAAGAGAGCUGUAUCUCAGAAACCUAGGGGUUGGGGAGGAGCAUCGAUGGGCUGUUCGUGGGACUUUUUCAGGGGGUACAGAGAUGCGCAGAGGACAUUAGAACAUCUGUUUGGGGGCUGUCUCAUGAUCAGUUCCUGGAGCAGUGUCUCCAUAUACCCACCAAAGUAGCAUGUUUGGUGGAGAGACCACUGAGAAUGCCAACCAAGAAAGCUGUUUUUUGGAUUUGGUAAUUAGGACACUCUUGCUGACUUUCAAAGAAUGUUUAUAUACUUCGAACCUUACCCCACCCACAGUGAGAAAUCGGGAAAGGGACCAAUAGUUUUGUUGAGCAGGUAGUUGUCGUGACUUGUUGUUUCUUUUAUUGGAAGUGAUUCCUCUGGCCAGUUUUCUGUUAAAGUUCCAUUAACUGAAGCCUGAGUCUACUUUUUGGUAUGCAUAUUUGAUUUCUUUUCCUACUAGAUUUGAAAUCUGUGAUUUUGUUUGGCAAAGCAAAGUUAGAUUGAGGUUGGGACAGAGAUAAGAACCAGUUUUACAUGAUGCUGUAAAAAAAUUCCUAUAGAUUGUUUCUUCAUCCUUUGGGUCAUUAUUUUAGUUAUCAGAAUAUUAAAAAGCAGGCUGAACUGUAUUAUGUAGGAUUAGAGUAAUUUCCAGUUUUAAUAGAUCAGAGGUAAGGCCAAGGCAUCCCUCCAUAAUUCUCAUUAAUAGCUAGAUUUGUAAAACACAGGGUCAGGGAGUGGUUAUCCGUGGUUUGGCCAUGGAAGCAGUCAGAGGCUUGGUGAGCAGGAGUUGUGAAUCUGAAUCACGGCACUUAGUCCUGGGGUGUUAGGGGCUAAGAUGGUCAGAGGGUCUCAAGGAUUGGUUUUUCCUCACUUCAGCUGAGGAACGUGAUGCUUGAGCACUAUCUAGGUCGUUUCAUAAAGACCUAAGUACAAGUGGAAUUUGUUGAGAAUUUAUAGCAGGCCUACUGUGAAUGGUUUAAGAGGUGGGCCAAGUAACGCAUUUUUCUGUUACUGCGGAGAGAGAGAGAGAAAAGGGGCCACACAAAUUUUAAAAUUCCCACUGUAAAGUCUACCCGGGUGAAGGCUUCUGGUUAACACCUGCGCAUAACAACUCUCUGUACUCUAACCAACUCAGCAGGUAGGAAGCUGAGUACCAGUGGACAAACAGCAUUUGAUAUGUGGCAGUUGUGUUUUGUUUUAUAGUAAACCCUGUGGUGAAAUCUAAAAUAAUGUUAAAACUUUAAAAGUAAAUAUUGUGUGUACUGCAGUGUUGGCCAUGUGUUUUUCAAGAUAACCCUUCAAAGAAAUUUGUUCGGGAUAGGAAGACAAUUUGUUUUGGUUAUUUGUAAACUUAUUUUUAAUGUGUUUAUAUUAAAUAAUAGACUUAAUUUU